AUGUCAGGGUACUCCAAAGUCGGCACAUCUGGUGUCUAUGAGGCAGGUGACCAGAGAAAUGUCGCGAGAUCCGAGAUGCCGCAACCAGAGAAGUACAACGAGGGUCAGCAUGCAUCACACAUUGGACUCGAUUCAAAAGAUCAACGCUCCAUAAAGAAUAGGCUGGCCGCAGAAGAGCGGAGAGAAGAGCCUGACGAUGACAUUGAGACGUCUCUAUCGAAGAAGGACCCGACAUUACCAGUCAGUGCUCGAUUCCCAUACCAUGAGCCAUUAGCUAACAACGCAAAGGCCAAGAUGCAUGGCAACGAACCAUCCAAAGGGGCCAAAGUAGACGCUGAAAUAGCAGCAGAUGAGGAAGAGUAUCUCAGACGAAAGGGCAAGGCUUAG